CUAAUCAUCGAAUCUUUCUUCGUCUAAUUGAUCUCUUCGCUCCUUCGACAUAAUGGACUCCGCCGAGCUUCACGAUACCCAAGUUGUUGACGAGACUAUGACUGAUGCGGUCAACAUGGUCGACGAGGGUGACAUGGACAUUACUCCGAAGACCGAAGAAGAAUACGCCCAGUCGAUGCUGACCCUCCGUGCGAUCGUUUCGUCCAAGGAAGCCGGCGUGAUCAUUGGCAAGGCCGGUAAAAAUGUUGCUGACCUGCGCGAUGAAACCGGUGUUAAGGCCGGCGUGAGCAAGGUUGUUCCGGGUGUUCACGAUCGAGUCCUGACGGUGACCGGUCCUCUACAAGGUACCGCUAGGGCCUACGCUUUGGUCGCCAAGGGCUUGCUAGAAGGUGCCCCGCAAAUGGGUAUGGGUGGCAUCGUAUCAAACAAUGGAACUCAUCCGGUUCGCCUCCUCAUUUCCCACAACCAAAUGGGCACUAUCAUCGGACGGUCCGGCCUGAAAAUCAAGCACAUCCAGGAUGCUUCCGGUGUACGAAUGGUCGCCCAGAAGGAAAUGCUUCCCCAGUCUACCGAGCGAAUUGUUGAAGUGCAGGGUACUCCGGAAGGCAUCGAGAAGGCUGUCUGGGAAAUUGGAAAAUGCCUUAUUGAUGACUGGCAGCGGGGCACCGGUACCAUCCUGUACAACCCCGCUGUGCGUGCAUCUGUUGGCACCACCCCAGUCAACCAAAACGUGGGCAACGGCUAUAGCAGCCGUCCCUACAACCGUACCGGCAAUGGUGCCGACUUUAGCGACCAGUCCGGUGGCUACGGCAGACGCUCCAAUCCCGACACAUCAAACCGUGGCUAUCCCCUGGUCACCGAGGACGGCGAGGAAAUCCAGACGCAAAACAUCAGCAUUCCUGCUGACAUGGUGGGAUGCAUCAUCGGUAGAGGUGGAAGCAAGAUCACUGAGAUCCGUAGGAGCUCUGGAGCGAGGAUCUCGAUCGCCAAGGCUCCUCACGAUGAUACCGGCGAACGCAUGUUCACCAUCAUGGGCAGUGCUCAGGCGAAUGAGAAAGCCUUGUAUCUUCUGUACGAAAACCUGGAAGCCGAGAAGACCCGCCGCAGCCAGCUCCCUCAGGAAUAAAUGCCUUACACCAAUUGGCUUAGUCCGAGAAACUCCAUCCUACCAUCCUGAAGAUGCUCCUAGCCUCUCUUGGGAGUUUCCCAGCCACGUUUUGUGUUCGCCCAUUCUCCUUAAUAACAUUGCUUCUUACUGUUGUUUUUUUUUACAUUUUUCGUGUUUCUCGUAUCGUGCAGCUUUCUUGGUUUACAAGAAGCAAGGGUUCGCUAGGACGGACUGCACAUGCCUGUUUGAUACCAACCCUUUACGACCUUGGUGAUCGCCUUGUCUCAAAGGAU